GGAAAAUCUGAAAAGGUGUUUAAGUCAGCCUUGAAUAGAGACAGCGAUGACGAGUUGUUGUUCAUCACCCAGGCGGCCAAAAAUGCAUUGGUAGAAGACGAAACACUGUCCACCGACACAAUUCUGAGAAAAGUAUGUUAACUUGUCCUUAUAUAAUACAAUCGCCCUCCUCGUAGUUUACCCGUCUUCGUAGCUUCUUUUCUCCCCAAUUUUCCUUUCCCACUGUCCUUCCCUCUCCAUCGUCCUAGUAAUUGUUGUUCAUCACCCAGGCGGCCAAAAAUGUAUCGGGAUGUGAAGAGAAGUCCUUCGGUUGUAAAAACAAUGGAUAGUGAUGGAGAAGACUCAAUAAUAGAUAUCAACGUCGUGUCCCAAGCAGACGAAAAACAGACUACUUCCAUGGAUGCUGAAGUGUAUAGAGCCAUAACAGUUGGGGAACUACAAUCAAACAUUUCCCUUCUGGAUCAACUGAGCCCCCAACGGAACACGGUUCUUCACUAUGCUGCAAGUUUAGGCCAUCACCAGCUUGUGGAACCCAUCCUCAAAUCCUGUCCAGAGCUGUUCAGGACUACAAAUUCCACAGGCGACAUUGCCCUUCAUUUGGCUGCAGCUUCUGGGAAUCUAUCUACACUCAAAUCUCUACUUCAUCAAGCCAAACUACUAGGACUUUUUAGUCCUCAAGUACUCAUGGACGAAAAUUUGGAGAAGAAUACUGCUUUGCAUUUGGCCAUGAAAUCUCAUCACUAUGAUUUGGCUAUCCUCUUAGUUGAGGAGAAUGCACUAGUAUCCACGCGUCCAAAUGCCCAAAAUAUGUCCCCCCUGUUUAUGGCUGCCGAAGCAGGGCAACUAGGGCUUGUUCAGCGUAUGAUGCAGAAUAUUGGAGCAGCUGACAUAAGGGCCCUCGAAGGCAGGUCAGUUGUCCACGCUGCCAUAAGAGCAAGAAACACAGGUACUGUUCUACUAUUUUGUGUAAAUCAUACUCAUCUCCCUGAGGCUUGCAAUGCUCAUCAACAACGAGAUGAAAAAAAGGGAGAGACUCCAUUGCAUUUGGCCACCAAGGGGGAGCAUGCCCGGGUUGUGCAUAUUCUAACGUGGGACAUGGGAGUUAACUUGGAGAUCAGAAACGAUAAUGGCUUAACCACUCUAGAUUUGGCAGCGGAGCGUCCUUAUAAUGCCACAUUUCAAAAGCGGUUGACAUGGCUGGCCUUGAGAUAUGCUGGUGCACCACAAACACGGAAAGAAAAUUAUUACCUUAGUUCUCGUUAUACUGAAAGGUUCAACACUCUUUUGUUGAUGGCUACACUAAUAGCCACCGUGACAUUUGCAGCUGGUUUUACCAUGCCAGGUGGGUAUAACAGCUCUGAUGAUCAUCCAAACAAAGGCAUGGCAACUCUGGUUAAAAAGCGUAUGUUUCAAAUUUUCGUGUUAAGUAACACCGUAGCUAUGUAUAGUUCCAUCAUUGUAGCCAUUCUUCUCAUUUGGGCAAUGUUGAAUGAUCUGCGUUUGAGCCUAUGUUCCAUCAAAUUGGCGAUUCCAUUGUUGGGAAUAUCCCUUUCGAUGGUCUCCUUGGCAUUUAUGGUAGCCAUUUCUCUAGUAGUGAGUAAUGUAACUUGGCUUGCCAAUGUUGUUCUGAUCAUAGGUUCAAUCUCCCUCCUCAGUCUUUGGAUAAUAUUUAUUCCGCUCUCGUUCCCCAAUUCCUUGACAGAUCGUGUCUCUCGAUAUAUCCUCCGGUAUCCACUUUAUCUUUUGAUAUUAGCAACCGAAAAGUGAAGACGAUGGAUGCAGACGAAUAAUUUCCAAUGAUCCUAUUUCCUAUUGCAUUGUUGGAUGGUCUUGUAUUUUGUGUUCUCUGUUGACUUCAGUUCUCUAUAAGAAUGGUUUGCUGGUUAGAGGUUGUCCUCUUGUUGAGGGACUUAUGGCUGCAUUGGCAAGAUUGGUCCUUUAUUGGCUCUGCUUUCCCUAGUUGGGUGUGGUUAUGAGGCUACUAGAUAUGGUGCAUGCUUCAGUUGUAAUUUGAAAUUCUGUUUGUUUUAAGGACUUCUUGUUGGGUUGUUUUAAGGACUUCUUGUUGGGCUUGUCUGUGGGUUUUCCUUUGUGCGUGGGCUUGUUUAGUAUUUUCUUGGUUGUCGCCAUUUGGGCUUUGUUGGUCUUGCUUUCAAGACUUUUAUUUUUCUAAUAAAUCUUCAAUUACUAAAAAUAUGUGAAAUAUUUUU